AUGAAAUUUGACUUUCAUGAUGAGGACAUCAUGUUCGUUCGAGAUUGCAAUAUUCCAGGACUUAAUGAAGGACCUGAAUCAGGAUCACGAUGGAUGCUCGUGGUUGACGGUGCCUCUAAUGCAAAAGGUCAUAAGAUAAGGGCAAUUAUCACAUCUCCGUCUGGUUUCCACAUUUUGUUCACUGCUAGAUUAUGCUUUGACUGCACCAACAACAUGGUAGAAUAUGAGGCAUAUAUCUACGGAAUUGAAGCAUCUAUCAAUUUGAGAAUCAAGAUUAUUGAGGUGUAUGGGGACUCUGCUUUAGUGAUCAGUCAAGUUCGAGGAGAUUGGGAAACUCGGGAUAAGAAGUUAGUUCCAUACAGAGAACACAUGGUGACAAUGAUUCCCUAUUUUGAUGAUAUAACUUUUCAUUAUAUCCCAAGGAAAGAGAAUCAGUUAGCCGGUGCUUUAGCUACUCUGGAAUCCAUGUUUAAAUUCAAGUGGAAGAAUGAAGCACCUUCCAUCCAUAUUGACCACUUGGAUGAACCAGCGUAUUGUCUAACAAUGGAGGCCGAAUCUGACGAUAAGCCUUAG